CAAACGCCUUCCCCAGAGGCUCCGCUGCGCUGGUGGCGUCCGUGUGAGGUCGAUGGGGACAGUGCGAGUCACCGCAAAUGACUGCUGCACCCUGAAUCAAUGUGAUAAGUAGACUGCUGGGAAAAGGAGUUUUGUAUUUGAUUAGGUUACUGUAUAUGCUUUAAGCGAAACAGAAACUACAACAGUGACAGACUGACGAGCGCUAGAGCGGAAUCCUUGAGGUAGUCUCCCCCGCACUGGUUUUAGUGGGGACGUAAAGUACCAUCAGAAUGGAUAUUGACAACGAGGAUUAACACCGGCACAGGAGCGCAGGAUACAUGAUCCCCUCGCUGACGCAGAUGAAUCAAAUUCUGGAAAUGGGUUUAUGCUUCAAAUUUUAUUCUUAUUUCCUUGUGUACCUGUGUUUCAACUCACCCUGUGCAGAAACAUUUGUGAAGUUGAAUUGUGAGAAGUCAGUGACAGGAGUAUUUAAUGAGGACACCAUACUACCAUGCAGAAUGGAUACAACAGAGCUGAUGACACUUAGAGUAACAAAACUGCAUGAAAUUGGAGGAGAUGAAGUUGUAUUUACCUUUAACUCAAGUGAAAAUGGCAGUGAAGUUCGGGGUCAAAUUAAAUUACGUCGUCAAGAUUCAAAAGAUGUGUCCCUGAUAAUCCAGAAAACACAAGCGUCCAAUAACGGGACAUAUCAAUUCUAUGUGGAAACAGAUCAUGGAUAUGACACUAAAUCCAUCAGUUUGAUGUUUAAAGCUCCAUAUACUGUGCCACAAAUAAGCAAAAAGGACCAAGGUGGUGAAAAGGGUCUUGUAUGCACUACAGUGGGAUAUCCACAGCCACAACUUUAUUGGAAGACUGAAAAUGAAACCAACUUGACUCAUUAUGAUACCAUUGGGCAAACAAACGAUGAAUUGUACAACAUCACCAGCUAUAUUCCAGUAGCUGAAGACUGGUGUUUAAUAAACUAUAGUUGUUUUGUUUGCAUGGAAAAUAAUUGCACAUCCAAAGAAUUAGAGUGCACUAAAGCUGAACCAAUUUCUGGGCAACCACAGGAAAAAGACAGAGCUGGUUGCAGAGACAGAGUUGGUGUUUUUCUCAUCCUGGGGUUCUUAAUGCUUCUGAUAUUCACAGCGUUUUUUUACGGCAAAAAGGAAUUCUAUCGAGCAUACAUCAGGAGACAAUCUGAAUCAGCAACGGAAGAUUUAGUAGAUGAUGAAGAAAACUGAAUUUGUCUAUGAAGUUAAAUCUCAAAGGGAAGACUCAGAUUCUGACAUCCAAUCUGCUCCUGUCUAUCACCACAAUCAUUCAUGUAAAUUAGCAAUAUCACUCCUAUCAAUAUAUUUCCACCACACUCCAUAGUGUUGAUAACUCGCAAUUUAAUCAGCUACUUAUGCUUUCCUAAUUGCUUCCAAAUCAAUGGACUGCACUCAGAGCUGGGAGACAAUCAGAGUCAAGGAAGAGACUGUAACAAGGAGCAGAACAGACAGGACAAAACCUGAAAUUCUGAAGAUUAUGAUCAACACACAGAACAGCUGAAAUCAAGAUGAAAAAUAAAUCCUUUCUAUCUAAUUACUCAAAUCUUGAAGAAACAUAGUAAAGCUUUAAUGAUUAACUUUCAAA